CCUUUCCUCUCCCUCUAGGCGGCCGCAGUGUUGUAAUCUCUUGCAAUCUCUCAGUUGACUUUAUAGUUCGUUUCUUGUAGGGGAAUGAUGUACGCGUUUCUUGGGGACAAGCCGCACCUUGAUGAGGCUAUUGUGCAUGCUGGAUACGGCCUCGGCUAUGGCAAUUGGCUACAUCCUAUUGUGGACAACACGGACCUGGACCAACCCCCUGUGACUGACGGUCUUUCAUCGGCUUCAGAUAACAACAACUCUCUUGAAGCAAACGUGGUACCAGCCCGAAGAGGGAGAGGCAGGCCACGGGUAAACACAGCGCGAGAUGAGAGCGCUGUAGAGAAACGCCGGGCUCAGGUUCGCGAAGCGCAACGUGCCUAUCAAAAAAGAAAAGAUAGCGCCACGGCCUCAGAGCGGCGAAGGUGCGACGAUGUAUUGCAAGUCCUUUCUGAUCUUUCCAUGGACGUGGAAGCACUGCUCCAGGCUGCUGCUGAUGCAGGGGUGACGAAAGAAGAGGGCGAAUUUCCCGAUCACAUCCGUCGCUUGUGGACAACUUACAACACCGCAAUCAAUAGCCCAUGUCUCGGUCCUGAGUUGCGGCUGUUGCAAGUCAAGAACGAACGCCGCCAGGCUGUUUAUCAGGACAACAACCACUCCAGAACAGAGCGCAACACGCAUGGGCAGCAACCAUCACAUCACAGAGAUUCGAUGGACCUCGAUCUUGGAUCAGUGAAUGACCAAACCCUUAUUACUCCUUUCUCUGCGGUUCAGACGAGUUUCCCUAGCUCAGGACCGCGAAGCAUUUAUCAGGUGUGCAGAGAACGGCAAGCAGAAUUUCAUCGUGUACGGAAUCCCGCCUAACACUGGAUCGAGCUAGCGGGCCGUCCCUCAAGCUCCACUCUGUGCGCCUGACUAUGCAGCUUAGAGCGCCACGUCGAUCAUA